AUGGAAACAUGCAACAACAAGGCAAAGCUCAAGAUCAAUCGAGGGAACGACUUCUUCAUGGAAGGAUUCAACUAUAUCUUCAAUGUGAGCUUCACGACGUCACACAAGCCUGUCGAGGCAUAUGACAGCCAAGUGCUGAAAUUUCACCGGCCGUCGAUCGGCGAAGAACUCGCUCCUAAUAUCGAGAUCAAGUGCAAUUCCUGCCAGAGCAACUUCCACAAGCGAGUAUCUCGGACGUCGAUGGUUCACCUGACUGCGCAGCCAUUGGUGAUCAAUGAGGAGGAUGUCUCCUGUAUCAUGAACUCGACGAGCUACAAGUACAAAUGGACGGUGCAUCAGUCCGAGACCGAGUUUGAAAAUUGUAAACCAGCUUCGACGCCUGUUAAUGAUGACUGUGAAGAGGUGGAUAUAAACCAAGAGACCUCGACAACUGGUGACUCUUCGCAGUACUUGAUUAUCAAACAAGGAAUACUUGAUGAUAAUCGCUUUUACCGCUUUACGUUGCAGAUCGAGCGAGGCGGCGUCUAUAGAAAUGCUGGCACGUUUAUCCUCAAUCCGAACAAGCCGCCAGACGGAGGCAGCUGCGAGUUUAUUACUCAAAACCUAGGGAUGAACGGAGAUUUCCGCGCUUCGCAAAGCAAAAUUGAAUUUCGCUGCAACCAGUGGAUUGCCGAUGAGCGCGACAAGCCACUUUCAUAUGUAAUGCGCUAUGCAACUCUCUCAGAAAGUCCGGAACAAUGCCCAAAACGCUGUUCGACAGUAAAUCCAAACGAUGUGAACGCGGGAAUUCCAACAUGCGGUCUCGACGGCAAUAUUCUCUAUAAAGCUAAAGGAGCAAAACUAUUCACCUUCUUCAACAAUCUUACUGACGUAUCUAGAAGCUCACAGAAUGAAAACAUCUUCUCGUAUCUGCCGCUUGGCUGCCAAAUGGUUUGUAUUGGGAUAAGAGGCGAGACGGGUGCCCUCAAAGUCGCCGAGCAAUGCGAGUAUGUCGCGGUAAAGGAGCCCGAUAACUGGCAACUUCGCGGCAUUCAAGGACUCUCGAAUUUGAUCGAUCAAAAGGCGGAUCCGGCGCUUAUCUUUGCCUUUGCGGGAAGCUUUGUGUCGAUCCUCAACUCAAAAAUGCCGCCCGCAGCGCCUAUUAGCGACGCCAGCCUCAUUCCAGAGAUUCCCCUUACCCCAGAAACGCGUCUUCGUAUCCGAUUGUACGUCAUGGAGAUUACUAGCUCAACGGAAAACGACUACCACAAGCAGAACGAAACGCUGACCUUAGCAGCCGAGGACAUUCUUGGCGGCAUGGGCCACGUGCUUGAGGUGAUCACCAACGACGCAGUGGACGGUUCGAACGAUCGCCUCUUCAAAAUUAUAACCCAACUUAAUGACGUUAUGUACGCACUGGGCCGCUGGGAAGUCGCCAAUGCAACACCUUGGAAGCUGGAAAACAUCAAACAAUCCAAGCUCUCCAUCUUCCAGAGUCGACAUUUCGCCGAAUCUCUAGGUUCAGAAUGUCUGCGUGCAUUACGUCCAAUAAACUGUAUGAGCCGAUUCAAUCUUGGAUUCACCGAUAUCGUUCUUCCGGAUAUCCCAAGAAGUGCAUAUAGCGACAGCAUAACGACUUCGAGCGAGUUACUAGUGACGUUCAUGACAUUCAAUCCCGAAAAAAUCAUGGAGCUUGAUACAGGAACUGGCAAAAAAGCCUUCGAUACAUCUUUGGUCAGCUUCAAGCUUUGGAAAUUCGCCAAUAUCAUGGUGAGCCAAAGCGCUUCAAACGAUCCAUCAGAUUCUCUUCGGGAAGCUUUGAUGUCGGAAGCAAUAGUUCCACUUCGAAAUCUUAUCAAGCCAAUCGUGAUUGUCAUGCCACGCAAUAAGGAACCUACAGCACGCGAUAUUGAUCUUGGCCUCGAACCGCCGAUGCUCAAUCGUCACCAAUCAUGUACGAAGACGUCUACACUUCCUUCUGCGACAUGGAUUCGCCUUCCGCCAAAAUGUGCACGAAGCUUCCUCUUCCGAUCGUACGAGAAUGCUCAGUACAUCGACAUUAACAUCCGCCUAGCGACCAACACGACUCCGUACGACGUUGAUAAAAAUGGCGUCUAUCUGACAUCGAACGGAAACCGCCGCAAAGUGGAAGUAAACUGCGACGAAGAAGGCUUUUGCGACUUCGAAAAUUACAACGUUAACAACGAUCCGGGCGUGCCCAUCUCUCAAAUCUCAAUUGAGAACAUGUUCGAGACGACAUUAGUAGAUGUUAAAGUGAAGACUUACGACAUAGGGUGUUCCUACUUUAACAACACGGACAAUUUGUGGAAGAAAAACGGCAUGGCAGGGGGAAUUCAAACUUCUGAGAAUGCCAACAGGAUCAACUGCACUGCCAAUCACACUACUGUCUUUGGAGGAGAAACAAUUUCUUCGCCUAAUACAAUCGACUUUGACGACAUUGAUCUCCGCCCUUCUAAAAACAAAGGUGCCAUCGCCAUGAUAGCUGGCUUCAUCGGUGCUUUUGCUGUUGCGGCAGUGAUCUGCAGGUACUUAGAUCUCAAUGAUCUAAAAUACUCUUCAACGAUUCCACACUGUGGUCCAGAUGGACCCUUCGACUACGAAAUAACAAUCAAAACCGGCGUCGGCUGGGGAUCGGGAACCACAGCCAAUGUAGGAAUCAGACUUUAUGGUGAUCAAGCAAAAAGUGGAAGUCGUCAAUUAGGACACAGCAAUCGCCCUUUCCAGCGCGGUUCGAUCGAAAUUUAUCAAAUUUCAACACUUGAAAACUUAGGCAAUAUAAGCAAGCUGAAGAUCUGGCAUGACAACACUGGCCUUGAUCCACCAUGGUUCUUAUCGAGAGUAAUUGUAAAAGAUCUGCAAACGAAAGAACGCUUUUACUUUUUGGUCGAUGACUGGCUCCAAAUCGAUCACAACAAUCGCCUAUCCUCCGUGGAAAAAGAAGUAAACCAUGCAUCUCCAGAAGAAAUCACGCUCUUUGAGGAGGUGUUCAGGGUCCACAGACAGUACCAAAAGGCAGACUCACACUUAUGGUUUUCAAUCGUUACGAGGCCAACACGCUCAAGAUACACGCGGCUGAUGCGUCUAUCUGUUGCUUCUGCGAGUCUAUUUAUUUUUACGCUUUUCACGAUGGUCUGGUACAAUUUAGAAUAUCGUGAUCCAAAGCUCAAUCUGUAUGGCUUUUGGUUCGAUGCCAGCGACAUUGUUACUGGAAUUAUUGCAUCUCUUCUGACCUUCCCGAUUUCCGUGGUGUUAGCGUUUCUUUUUAAACGAUCAAGAUCCCGCCAUUCUUACGUACAUCCUUCUCGUCCUAGGACAGGAAUAGAAAUCCCUCUCGAAAUAGAAAUACCCAACGAAAGUCGCCCGAUCGACUUGCAACGAGAUUUUGCUUCGUCCGCUUUCUCCGAACUUCAAUCCUCGAAAAAAUCAUCGGAGAUAUCGGGCGACUUCAGAAAAAUGCAACUGCGCCGGGGCUCGAAAUUCACCCAAGAAUCAUCGCUCACUGUUGACGCUUCUGAAUUGAACUCUGAUCGAUCGAGUACGAACGUCGGCUCCGUCAAAACGGUCGACUCUGGAAUAAGCUCUGAACACUUAAAUUUGGUAUCAUCAAGAUGUUCGAAGAAAAGUCUCGAUAUUAAAGAGCCUAUGGAGAAAGAAUUAUCAGAAGAUAAGAUGGAAAUGAAGCCGAUUCCGUUUUAUUCGGCAGAUGAAAACUCUCAAAUGAGCUCUGCAAUAAAUCAUUGGCCGGUGAAAGAACAUUUUCUGGACGAUGAAAUCAUCACAACAGACCACUCUUCGAAUCAAUGUCUGUUUCCGCACCAGACCAUCCAUCUCGCCUUCUUCCUGUGCAUCAGCAUAAUGAUUCUUUGUUCGAUUUUCAUCUACUUAUAUGCCGCUGAGUUUGGGCCAGACUUGACUAACCGAUGGAUGCUUUCGCUGCUCAUUUGCUUGAUUACAAGUUUGUUCAUUCUUGAGCCGAUAAAGAUCCUCUUCUUGGCCGUUAUUCAGUCACUACGGAGAGUGCGCAAAGACCCAUGCGAGUCGGACAAUCUCGUUGAGCAUCCAACAAUAGACAAAUACGACGUUUCCAGCUCGCGGACAUUCAAUGUCAACCCUCCGCAAGGCUUCGCGCUUGAAAAAGCGCGUGAGAACGCACGUAAAUUAAAGCGUCUCAAACAAUUGCGAACAUAUGCUCUCACUCAGCUUAUUUUCUUCAUCGUUCUCUGCAUUUCUAUCGCAAACGAGACAGUUGGAGAUCGACUCAUUGCUAAUAAUAUAUCGAAGAGUGAAAUUCUUGAGCCAAGUUUCGAGUUUCCCAAUGUUGCAAUCAAGGAAGACGACAUUUUGCGACAAUUGAAUUACGCAUGCGACAAGAUCGAACGAAAAACAAAUGUUUCAAAACCUCUGGGAGGAUUUUACACAAUUAGAAAGCCUGCAAGGGAGCAGCCUUCUACAUGUUUAAAUGGGAUUUUCUUCGGGCAGAAGAUCGAAAAGACGUGUGGAUUUCUGGAAGAAUACACAAAUGCUGCUAUCUGUGAGGGAGAAGAUUGGGUGAAUUAUCUUCGCCAGAGUCAAGAAAUCGUGCUGCUCAAAAAUACGGUGGUGCUAUCGAUCGGUGCAGUCAGCUCAUCAGCUGUUGUCGUGUCUCGUGUUGAAGGUCAAGCCAUUUACAAAGCUCACGUGACAAGUUACUCUGCUUACGUUAAGAGCUGGAAGGCUGGAGUUAAACUUUCGUUAUUCCUUCAGCUAAUUCUUCUUGUUCAUGGUCUUUAUCUGCUCCUAAAACUAGUGCGAAAGAUACGAAAUAGCGGGCUUCAUGUGUUUAGCUUGAAAGCUGGAAAUUUGGUGCUUCUCGUCAGUCUCCAAAUCACAUCUACAAUCGUCUACAUAACCAAAGAGAUCCUGCUAGAAGAGUCACUAGCAAUAUUUAAAGAUGACGAAAACGCGACAGGAUUCUACGCUGCUCUUCAAAUAAACUACAUAUUCGUCGUGAUCCAGUCUAUUCAGUUGUUUAUCGUCCUUCUAAGUGUGCUAUCCGGACUCCGUUUUAAACGAGGCUGGCACUGCACAAACAAAUUCGUCAAAAUUUUCAUCAAGUCAAUGGUCAUUCCUUUCCUUUUUCUCCUUAUGCUGAUGUUCUUUUUCACAACAGCAGUAAUAACAGUGAGAAGUUGGAAUUCAUCGCUCUUUGAUUCUUACACAGAUGGCUUUAUGUAUAUGACCAGUUUACUAUUACGAACUACUGAACGAACAAGUGGAAAGACAGAAGAACGACAAUCGAUGAUUUCUUUCGUCCUGAUGGUCUUUUUCUACAUUCUAGGGCCGAUUAUUUUCCGUGGUAUUGCAAAAAGCAAGGGAAAAGAGCAAAUUCAUGACUUGAAAUUCUCGAUGGCACGACAUGAGAACUUCGAGCCACAAGAUCAUGAGCUUGUGCCAUUUGCCAAAAAACGAAUGCGAAUGUGGCUUGGUCUUCAGAAGCAGAAAAAAAUACGACACCAUGUACGCUUUGAAGGAAUGAUUACUCCACUUUCAAGGGGAUCUAGUUUUUGUGAAGACUUCGAUCCUGUUCUUCCGGAGAAUGAGGAGAUGCGUGCAAGUCCUGAGCUUGAUGAGAUGGACGAUCCGUUUUUCUCUGACUCGGUUUCAGCGAUGACGAAAAUAUCUGAUGCCUCUGAGUGGACAACAUCAAGGAUCAUAGAGGAGAAUCACUCUUCCACUGGUCCCAUAGAGCCUCUCCAUAUGGAUUACAUUUUGAGUAAACUACUCAAUGAUUCCAUUCCGAGGCUCGAACAACAACUAGAUCAGUUUAUCGACGAAACAGCAAGCUUAGAAAAACUUGACGAAAUUCUCUACCAACUAAACGACAAAGAAGGCUCACUUUCUUCUUUCUUGACCACGAAUUCGGACAAGCCCCAGCCAACUAAGCCAGAGCACGAUCAGCUUCCCAGUCGGACCAAGUCUGAUCCAAACAUGAAGAUCACAAAGCGCCAUUCCAAAAACGUCUUUCCCGGAAUGCGCCAGACGAAGGCGCGCGCCGUCUGGGGCGACGAGUCUAAUAGACGCCCGUCGAAAAUCACAAAGAAAGACUAA